CUUCCCUCCCUUCUUUUUGUCACCCAUUCUUUUUAUCCUUGUCAAGAAUAUAUUCGCACUCAUAUCAAAUUACCUACUAUUGUUGAUUAGAUAUUCUUCUUUUACCAUACACCGGCUGUUAGUCUCCCAAGGACUCUGUAUAAGUUUACCUUGCGAUUCUUUGGCAACCCUCGAGAUUUGUAUCUCGCCCUUCGCCUUCAGAAUGGGCAAAAUGAAGGCUGGGCGCAGCACGCGCCGACACACGCCCCUCCCCAAUACUUCAACACGUUCUUCAAACCGCAUUGCUGCGAAGAAACAGACCAAGGGAACGAAGCAAGCUGGGUCGAGCCAGGAGAAAAUUCCAUCUGCUCCUCAUGAGCCUGCUUCUUCUCAGGAAACUCUAAAGAACUCGACUGAUUCAUCCAACCCAAACAACUUCAGUAGCUUCAGCAGCUAUAACACUAAUGACAGCCACUCAGCUGAGCAGGCCGAGGGAACUCUAACCCUCGCUCACCGUAAUCCUCAGGUCCAUGGAACCGGUGUUACAUCCUCAAAUCCUUCCAACAACACAGCUGGAUCAGACACACCCCAGCUGACAGCUGGCGACGUCGCUCUAGAAAUCUACGGCAGCAGAAUACUGAUCGACAGCACUCUCGGUAAAAAGCUAGCCGGCGAAGCAUCACUACGACCUAUCCGGCAACGUCGCUCUGACAUGGUUCUCAAUAUGGAGCGCCGCAGCAAUGUCGAAGCCUUCUUGGCUCAUCUCACUGGAGUCCAGGUCAGCCGUUCUUGCAAGAAUUGCUCCAAAGGACACGGUCCUUGGUCUGAAUGUAUCAUCUAUGAUGGCCAGAUGUGUGGUAGCUGCACAAAUUGCUGGUUCAAUGCCAGUGGUUCUCGAUGCACUUUUCACGAGAAUAACCAAAACUCCAUCUAUGCCCCGGCACCAUUGUAUCAUCCUCAAUCCGCGGGGAUGCCAACUCAGCCUUUUCAAUACGCCCAGCUCAAUCCCCAGGCGCUUCCUCAGGGCAUCCUCCCUAUGAACCGAGAAGCUACCGCGUCCCUCUACGUGGCACCUCAAAUGCGUAACCAGUUCGCUCUGAGCAUUUUCCAGUCCUUGGGAAUCGGUUCCGGCGAAUAG